UGCAUUGCAGACUGAUGAAAUUUAUAAGUUAUUGAGACCGGAUCGGUAUGGUGAAGGUAGGACUACAACAUGAUAGAGUAGGAGAAGAUCAAAUUGACGGAUUUGGAUCUGAACAGUCAUCUGGUGCAAGUGGCUCAUCCAACUGGAAUCAGAAAAGAAAAGAUGAAGAUGAAGGUGAUCUGAAAUAUGAGUUUAACAGAUUGGAGACAUUCUUGUUCUGGCCUGAGGAGUCCCCAGUUAGUGCUAAAGCACUUGCUGAGGAUGGAUUUUACUUUUUAGGACCAGCUGGUGAGGAUCGUGUGCGCUGCGUGUUUUGUGAGGUGGUUCUUAAAGGAUGGGAACCAGGUGAUGUUGUCUCAGACGAUCACAGGAAAUUUUCAAAUGGUUGUCCAUUUAAAUGUCAAGCCAAUGUAGGAAAUGUUCCAUUUUUUGGGCCAUCUGAUAGCUGGAAUUCCUAUAAUUAUGAAAUGAUCAGCUGGAAGAAAAGAUUACUCUCUUACGAGAAAUGGCCAAAAUAUUUGGCUCAGAAACCAAGAGUGCUAGCAGCUGCUGGGUUUUACUAUAAAGGUCGUGGAGACAUUGUGCAGUGUUUUUGCUGUGCAGGAAUAGUGAGACAAUGGCUGGAAACAGAUGACCCAUGGCUGGAGCACAUGAAACAUUUCCCAACGUGUUAUCAUAUUCUAGAAAAUAUUGCAUAUCAUAAAAUGCCAUCAUCUUUUCACGAUAUGCCACCCCCUGGACAAGUACCCAGGCGACCUGUUCAACCCUCAGCAACGCCGAUUGACAGACCAAAUACAUUACAACGCUCAACUUCAGAGAUUGCCUUGGCGAUGGGAUACAGGGAGGACCUUAUUAGAAUAUACAGGCAGUAUCUGAGAGCACAAGGCUGCCCAGAAGCAGAGGAUCCUAACCAGUUUAUUCUUGACUUAGAAAGGUUCAAAGUUCAACCAGAAACACAGUCACCAGGAAGCUGUAGUGGAGAAUACACAACUGAUGGUGCUAGCCUUGCACAGACUUGUGAUAGAAGGACACGACUUAAGAGCGUUUCCUCGUUCUGUUUAAAAUGUGAUAGUCCAGAUGAACCAGACUGUUGUUAUGUAAAACUGGACUGUGGUCAUUCUGCUUGCUGUGAAGGAGAUGCUUUUGACAUUGUGACAUGCAGAGAUUGUAAUCAGAAGGUGAAGGCUUGUCUGAAGAUCCCAAUGCAAGAAGAUUGAAGGAAUACUG